UUUAUGAUUGUUACUUACUAUCACUACUAUCAAUAGCAUGUCUCCCACUCUCUAACUCCAACUCCAACCAACACCAUGACUCCUCCGCUACCCUUCUGCUUCUUCUUUCUCCUCAGCAUCACCACUUGUACAUCCUACGCCUACGGUAACUUGUCCUACCACAUCAACUGCGGCACUUCCACCAACACCACCGACGCAUUCAACACCACGUGGCUCUCCGACCGCUUCUUCACCGGAGGCACCGCCGCCAUUGUCUCCGAGCCCCUCCGCUUCCCCCUCCCCUCCGAGAAAACCCUCCGCUUCUUCCCCCCCUCCUCCUACGGCAAGAAAAACUGCUACUCCUUCCCCUCCCUCCCCUCCCCCGCGCGCUACCUCCUCCGCACCUUCACCGUCUACGACAACUACGACGCCAACUCCCGCCCUCCCUCCUUCGACGUCGCCCUCGCCUCCACCGUCCUCUUCACCUGGCGCUCCCCCUGGCCAGACUCCGCCGCCCGCCGCGGCGCCUACGCCGACCUCUUCCCCUCCCUCGCCUCCUCCUCCCUCCACCUCUGCUUCGACGGCUUCGCCACCGACGCCCCCCUCGUCUCCUCCCUCCAGCUCCUCCAGGUCCCCCCCGCCGCCUACAACGUCACCGACAACCUCAUCCUCGUCAACUACGGCCGCAUUUCCUGCGGCGCCGUCUCCCACUGGGGCGCCGCCUUCACCGCCGACGCCGACCGCUUCGCCCGCUCCUGGCAGCCGGACUCCGCCUUCCGCACCGUGCCGCAGGAUUCCGACGAGGUACGGUUCCUUUCCACGGAGAACAGCGUCUCCGGCGCCGACGUGGAGCCUAAUUACUUCCCGAUGAAGUUGUACCAGUCGGCGGUCACCACGGAGGGCACGCUGGAGUACGAAUUGGUUGUGGACGCCAAGAUGGACUAUACGGUGUGGCUGCACUUCGCGGAGAUCGAUUCCAGCGUCAAGAAAGCAGGGGAGAGGGUCUUCGACGUGUUUUUGAACGACCAAAACGUCACCAGGGUUGACAUAUACAAGCAAGUCGGUGCUUUUUCUGCCUUCACUUUGCAUUACACUGUCAAGAACUUGAGCGCCAACGUUUUGAAGCUCAAGCUCGUGCCAGCUGUGGGUGCUCCUCUCAUUAGUGCUGUUGAGAAUUACGCCUUGGUCCCUGUGGAUCCCUCCACUCUCCCUCUCCAAGUGAUUGCAAUGAGGGCGUUGAAGGAGUCGCUUCGUGUUCCUGAUAGAAUGGGUUGGAAUGGUGACCCUUGUGCUCCUACUACCUGGGAUGCUUGGGAAGGUGUUACCUGCCGCAUCACUCAAGAUAAAACUGCUCUCGUCAUAAGUCAGAUAGAUCUUGGCAGUCAAGGCUUGAAAGGGUACAUAAGUGACCAGAUUAGUCUUUUGCCGGAUUUGGUAAGCCUGAAUUUGAGUUCUAAUUCCUUGACGGGUGAAAUACCACCAGGCCUAGGUCAAACUCAAAAAUCCCUGAUACAAGUGGAUUUAUCCAACAAUCAGUUAAUGGGAUCUAUACCUGAUAGUUUGGCAUCUUCCAAUUUGAAGCUUGUGCUAUUGAAUGGUAACUUAUUGGAAGGACGAGUUCCAGAGCAACUUUAUUCCGUUGGUGUGCAUGGUGGAGCUAUUGAUCUCUCUGGCAACAAGGGAUUAUGCGGUGUACCAACUCUGCCAUCAUGUCCUAUGUUUUGGGAGCAUGGUAGAUUAUCCACUCGGGGUAAAAUUGCAAUAGGCUUGUCAUCUCUUUUUGUUUUCUGCGUGGUACUGCUGCUGGCGUAUAUCUACAUCAGGAGGAAAAGGAACGAUUAUGAUUUUGCUCUGCCUCAGGAAUUAAUGUCAUUAGCUGCCAAGAGAAACCGCUAUCAGAGGCAGAAAUCGUUGAUGCUUCUCGAGCUGGAGAGUCAGCAUGCCAAGGGAUUGCCUUCACCUUUUACUCCACAAUAACUGUUUUUUUAUUGGAAGUGGAAGAUUAAUUUUCAUAGGUUUCGGCUAAACGUACAUCGUUAUUGCGUACGGAAAGUUAUUGAAUGUUAAAGGCUUGCAACAUCCCUAUGAGGCAAGGCCGCAUUAGAUAGAAAGAAAGGAAGGAAAAAAUGGCUUAUGGGUCUGCUUUUCUCCUACAACACAGUCAUGUCGAGGAUUCUGGAAGAUGCCUAUUGCUAUGCACAAUGACAAUCAUUUCAUAAAUCAUCGUAAAAAGAUAUAUACCUGGUUGAAUCACUAGCCAUCUGUACCUUUUGAUGAAUAUACCAGAUAGGAAUAACCCAUCCAUGUAUACAAUGUGAGACACAAUUUCGUGUCCAGUUUUUCACGUUA